AGAACAUGCCUGAAAUCAGACUCCUGCUCCUUCCAUCAUGUUCCAGUGCCUCUGAAAUACUCAGCUUUACGACCAACAUGACACCCACGAGUUUCUGUGAGGGUUUGAACAUGAGUACCCAGCCACAUUCUGUGACCAAGGCAGAGAUCCCUAGCCAUGUUCUCUACACCGUAGGAACAUGUGUGCUCAUUAUUGGCUCCAUUGGCAUCAUCGGAAACCUCCUAGUCCUCUACGCAUUUUACAGCAACAAGAAGCUGAGGACUUCCCAAAACUACUUUAUAAUGAAUUUAGCUGUGAGUGACUUCCUGAUGUCGGCUUCUCAGGCACCCAUAUGCUUUGUCAACAGCUUGCACAGAGAAUGGAUACUUGGAGACAUAGGCUGUAACUUGUAUGCUUUCUGCGGGGCUCUCUUUGGGAUAACCUCGAUGAUGACUCUGUUGGCCAUCUCUGUUGACCGCUACCUGGUGAUCACAAAGCCCCUGCAGUCCAUCCAGUGGACUUCCAAGAGACGCACCUUGCAGAUCAUCGCCGCGGUGUGGCUCUACUCUCUGGGAUGGAGUGUGGCUCCGCUCCUUGGCUGGAGUUCCUAUGUGCCUGAGGGCUUGAUGAUAUCCUGCACAUGGGACUAUGUAACCUACUCCCCUGCAAACAGAAGCUACACCAUGAUUUUAUGCUGCUGCGUGUUUUUUAUCCCCCUGGUAAUAAUAUUCCACUGCUAUUUAUCGAUGUUCCUGGCCAUAAGGCGUACUGGCAGAGAUGUUCAAAAGCUGGGGUCCUGCAGCCGGAAAUCCUACAUCUCUCAGUCCAUAAAGAAUGAGUGGAAGCUGGCAAAAAUUGCUUUUGUGGUCAUCAUUGUGUUUGUCUUGUCCUGGUCUCCAUAUGCUUGUGUCACCUUGAUUGCCUGGGCAGGUCGAGGCAACAGCCUAACACCAUAUUCCAAAUCUGUGCCAGCAGUUAUUGCCAAAGCUUCUGCAAUCUACAACCCCAUCAUAUAUGCAAUAAUUCACCCAAGAUACAGAAAAACCAUCCACAAAGCUGUUCCCUGCUUGAGGUUCCUGAUACGAAUAUCGAAGAAUGACCUCCUGAGGGGAUCCAUAAAUGAGUCAUCAUUCAGGACCUCUCUCUACAGCCACCACUCUCUUGCUGGCAGGACCAAGAGCACUUGUGUUUCCUCCGUUUCUACUGGAGAAGCUACCUGGAGCAAUGUGGAGCUCGACCCUGUGGAGCCAGCUCAAGAGAAACUGCAGCCUCGCCGAAGUCAUUCUUUCUCCAUGAGUCUGAAACAAGAGAAGAGAGACCUGCUCCCAAAGACCUGCAGCUAUGAUGCAGUCAGUGCCCAAAAGGUUUCACUCUCCUCCAGCUGUUUGGAGAAGGUGCUUGGGCAGCCUGUCCUACCCAGUCCCUCUGCAGCACUCAUGACCAGCUCCCUGAGAGCAACUUCUCUGCCUGUCAGAUUGAAUAGCAGCAGUGUCACCAGUGGAGACUCAAGUACCUCCCAUAUGGCAGCUCAGGGAAGUCAAGCGAAUGGAGUUGUGGAUUCUCUCAUUAGCAAUGCAGUCCCUCGCAUCAUCAUCAUUCCUACCUCAGAGACCAAUCUGUUUCGGGAAGAACUGGAAGAGGAAGAGACUGAAUUAUUCCAAUUUCAUGACAAAAAGGGAAAUCUGCUGGAUUUGGAGGGGCUUAGUUCAUCCAUGGAGUUCCUUGAAGCUGUUGAGAAAUUUCUAUCAUAA